GGCGGCUCAUCGAGCUCCGUUUGUAAAAAACAGGCAACACCAUGAAGUACCAGACGCUUCUAUGUCCGCAUGAUAAAUAUCUAGGAGCCAGACGCGAUGAAGAUGUGGGCAAGGACCUCCUCGCGACAUCCGCGGUGCAAAUACUCUACACCAGUUCAAAAUGUACACGUCCGUUUUGCAUUGGUUCGCCACGGGACUACUCGCGUCCACGGCCGUGGCAGCUCCGAGUCCAGGGGGUCGUCCAGGUAGUUCUAAGGGGUUUGUCACUGUCGAGGGGAGCAAGUUCAAGCUGGACGGGAAGGACUUCCACUUUGCUGGGAGCAAUGCCUACUACUUCCCCUUCAACGGAAACCAAGACGAUGUUGAAAAGGGCUUGACGGCAGCCAAGAAGGCUGGCCUCAAGGUAUUCCGCACCUGGGGCUUCAACGACAAGAACUCGACCUAUGUUCCCGGGGGGUUGCCCCAGUACGGCGGGGAAGGGGCUGGGCCUUCGGAGGUUGUGUUCCAGCGAUGGCACAGCAACGGCACCUCGACCAUUGAUCUCAGCGGCUUCGACAAGGUCGUCAAUGCCGCGUCCAAGGUUGGAAUCAAGCUCAUCGUCGCCUUGACAAACAACUGGGCCGACUACGGCGGCAUGGAUGUCUACACGGUCAAUCUCGGGGGCCGAUUCCACGAUGAUUUCUACACAGCCCCCAAGAUCAAGGACGCCUUCAAGCGCUACGUCAAAGCGUUCGUCACCCGCUACAAGGACUCGCCGGCCAUCAUGGCAUGGGAACUUGCCAACGAACCGCGCUGCGGCGCCGACGGCGUGCGCAACCUCCCGCGCAGCAGCAACUGCACCCCGGAGGUACUUGGCGCCUGGAUCGCCGAGAUGAGCGCCUACAUCAAGAGCCUGGACCGGCGGCACCUGGUGACGUGGGGCGGCGAGGGCGGGUUCAACCGGCCGUCGUCGGACGACUGGGCCUACAACGGCAGCGACGGGGGCGACUUUGACCACGAGCUCGCGCUUGAUACCAUCGACUUUGGCGUGUUCCACUCGUACCCGGACUGGUGGAGCAAGACGGCCGCGUGGACGAACCAGUGGAUUAAGGACCACGCUGAGUCUGGUCGUCGUGCGAACAAGCCUGUUGUGCAUGAAGAGUAUGGGUGGUUGACGCCCGAGGCACGGCUGGAGUAUCUCGGCCGGGUGGAGAACGCUACCCGGGUGGAAGUGCUCGGUGGGUGGCAGAAGAUUGCCGUUGAGGAGAAGCUGGCUGGCAGCAUGUACUGGCAGUUUGGGUUUUCCAACUACUCGUACGGCCGCAACCAUAAUGAUGGAUUCACUAUCUACUUGGACGACGCCGAGGCCCAGCCGCUUGUAUAUCAGCAUGCCAAGGAGAUGGAGGCUCUCAACCGCCGUCGCCGUUGAGCACCGUCGUGUUAUUCUUAGACAUCAAAUAUUACUGUAAUACAUGAUGAACUGAGGGUUUUAUUUCUGCCUCAACACAGAGAGUGAAUUCA